CCACUCUUUUAAAGACCCAAAACCCUAGCUCCCUCUCUAAAAAGCAAACUCCUUCACAUUUUUGGUCACUAGCGCCGAGCUUCAGCACCAAAACCCUCAUCACCAGCCAUGGGUAUCGAUUUGGUCGCCGGUGGUAAGAGGAAGAAGAAGAUCAGGACCGCCCCCAAAUCAAAUGAUAUUUACCUCAAGCUCCUCGUCAAGGUCCUCUCUCUUUCUCUCUCUGUAUCUCUAUAUAUGUAUGUAUGUUUGUGGUUGACACGUGUACGGUGGAUCUGUGAUCAGCUGUACCGUUUUCUGGUGCGGAGGACCGGGAGUAAAUUCAAUGCGGUGAUACUGAAGAGGCUUUUCAUGAGCAAGGUCAACAAGCCACCUCUAUCUCUCUCCAAGUUGAUUCGUUACAUGGAGGGCAAGGAGGGUAAGAUUGCUGUGGUUGUUGGGACUGUGACCGAUGACAUUAGGGUGUAUGAGGUCCCAGCAGUGAAGGUUACAGCCCUGAGGUUCACAGAGACUGCAAGAGCUAGGAUCGAGAAGGCCGGAGGAGAAUGCUUGACAUUUGAUCAGCUGGCACUAAGAGCUCCUCUUGGGCAGAACACGGUUCUCCUUAGAGGUCAUAAGAAGCGUGAAGCUGUGAAGCACUUUGGUCCUGCUCCUGGUGUGCCACACAGCCACACAAAACCCUAUGUACGUGCUAAAGGAAGGAAAUUUGAGAGGGCUAGAGGAAAAAGGAACAGCAGGGGCUUCAGAGUUUGAUUUGCUAAACACAUGCGUAAAAACAAUUUUACUUACCAAAUCUGUUCGAAUGGUGUUGCAAUUGUGGUUCCCUUUUUAUGUAUUUUUCAUCCUCUCUAUGGAUCAGUUAUCUCUAGAGUUUUCUUUUGCCUUUCCCCUUUUUCAUAUGGAUAUCUUUUCCUUUUAGAAUUAAAAUCGUUUGGAUUUGAAAUUUUUAUUGGGUACUUUUUUAAUUAUAGUGGUUCUAAAACAUGAUUCUUGAAUAGUUUUAAUCUUA